GCCUCCUCUGCCGCCGCAGCCCCGGGAUCCCGCGGCGCUCGGAGCGGGGGGGACGCGCACAAAGGUGCGGGGCGCGGUGAGUGUGGGGCGGGGGCCGGGUGGGGGCGGUGGGGCCGGGGCUCAGCGGUGCGCGGAGGGGUUGGAGUGGGGGGGGGGUACGGGGACUUCCGUGGGCCGCGGCCCGGCGGGGGGAGGCGCUGCGGGGCGGGGAGGGGGUGCGGGGGGCAGCGCGGGGGAUGCUCGGGCCCAGCCGGACUGGCGCUGGGUUUUGCAGUGCAGUGAUUGCGGAUCUCAGUCCUCCGUGCCGGAGCUCUUUGUGCUCCCCUGGAGCAAAGCGGGGCCCGGGGGUGGGCAUGGGGCUGAGGCCGGGAUAGGGAAGGGAGCGGUGAGGUGGGGGCUGCCCGGUACCGCUCACCUGCUGGGAUAGCCCCGUUCGGGCCGGGCUCGGUCUGUCCUGGUGCUGUGAGCUCCGUGUCCCGUGUGGAGCUGAGAUCUCCGGGAGCAGGAGCUGAGCCGCCCCCCCCCCCCCCCCCCCCCCACCAGGCCGUGUUGUAAUCACCGAGGCGGAGGCUUAGGAAAAAAAAUAAUAAUAACAAGAGAGGAGAAUUAAAUAUUAUCUUCACAGAGCCUCUGGGGACGGCUGUUACUUAAUCACAGCGGUUGGGAUUGUGCUGGGACCGAGCCGGGCUCGGGGGCAGACCCAGCGCGAUGCGAUCUGCAAACAGCCCGGUGCUGCCUUUGUGCUGGGGGAGCGCUGGGUCGGGCCGGGGGGGGAGGGGGGGGCACGGCAGAGGGCUCCGUGGGAGCUGCCCGGGAUGCUGUGUGCCCGUGGGCUCCUGGCACGGUGGGAUGUGGGGCAGCCCGGGCCCUUCCUGCUGUUCCAUCAGCAGCGCCCAUCAUCCCUGCAGGGAUUGGGGUCUUUGGGGUGGUCCCGUGUUUGUGGUACCCACGUGUUCCUGGGAUAUCGGGUGCCCUGGGAAUGCUUCACAGCUGGCAGUGUUGGAGGAAAGCUGUCCUGUCCUGGGGGAUUCCCUGCUGGGAAGGGUUACCCCAGGAAGGGGCACUGCUGGUGCUCACUCCUCUGCCAGGAUCGCUUUGGCUGUUUGGGUGAUGCGAUGCGGUGUCUUGUUUGGAUCUGAUCGCAGACAAUGGGGCUGGAGGGGACAUGGGGGAAGGUGAGAGCUCAUCUCCAGGCAUCGAGCACGGCUGAAGCAGCUCCAGGUCUUCGGUCCGAGCACAUCUGAGAUCUCAGCUCUGUUCCUGAGGGCCGGUGUGGCCAGUGGAUGCUUUAUGGCUUUAUUGUGUGGCCGGGAUGUUGGGCAGGGCCCUGGAGCAGCGAGGGCACGGCUCUCCUCACCUGGCUGCCCCACAUGGAGCCAUCAGAGGGUGACAGGACGGGGCUGGAGUCACUGCGAGGCCAAACCACAGCUCUGCCACCCCCAGCCCUGCGCUGCCUUUCCAGCUUGGAGCCAUGGACACCGCCGUCUGCCCGUCGCAGCCCUGCAGGAUUUAGCAUCGGGCGCCUGGAAUGGAUUAAACAGAGCUAGAACACAUCUCCGAGCGCAGUUGUUUACCCAGCGAGCGUUGCUUUGGGGUAGGAACUGUCCUUUGUGACAUUGCUGUGGUGCAUCAGAGCUUCCCGCGAUGCUCUUGGAGAAUCGACACCCCAAAACUACAGCGUGGGACAGCACUCAGCCCUGCUCCGCCCGAGCACCGCAUGGACAUGUGGGAGUGAUGUGACCAUGUGGCUGUCGCUCCGUGGGUACACACACAGCAAAGAGCAGCAUGUGGUGAUGCCCUGGGAGCUGCAUGCCCUGCGCUGGGCUGAGCACCACGAUGCUGUCCCAUUCGGAGCACUGCAGCAGCAAGCAGAGCGCUUUGCAGGGCAGGGAAAGACGCAGCUCAGUUAGGCUCCUCUCGGCGCUGUCACGUUUUGCAAUGCAAAUGGCUUUCUCUUUGCAGCGAGCCCUCAUGCAAAUCCCGUGCUUUUGGUGCAUUUUCUGGUUCUGCACCUGGCACGGCCCUUCCUACCUGCGUGGAGGCAGUGGGUGCUCCGAUGUGGAGCUGCAGCAGGGGGACAGCUGCGCUUUGUCCAUUGCAACACAGUGGGAAUUCCCGGCUGCUCACAGAGGGCCUGGGACGUUCCUGUGGAUAUUGUAACAAUCCCGCGUGAUCGUAAUUAAAGCUGGCAGUUGGGGAAGGAUAUUAAACCUUCUGCAUCCAAGCUGACGCUGAGCAAUUUGAGAGCAGAAUGGGACCCCAUGGGGGAAUUGGAUUAAGUCGUUUGGUCUUCCCAUGGGCCAUCUGUGCGUCCCACUGAAGCUGCCAGCCCACGGAUGUCUUCCUGCGUGGAAGUUUGCACAGUCCUCCGUGGGAGCGUGGCAGUGGCACCUCGGGGCAUUUGGCAUCUGACAGAGCAGAGCGGCUCCUUUGCAAGGGCUCCUUCCCAGCACGGGGCUCCCAGCAACAGGAGAUGCUGCAAGGAGGUGCUGGGUGGGGAGAGGGCUUUGUGUGUGUGCCAUAGUGGGGAGAUGCUGUGCCAAGCGGUCACCAGCUCCUGCCUGGUUCUCUCCACCUUGCAGAGCACCCACAGAGCUUUCUGCAUUGUGCAUCACCUGUGGGUGUCCGGCAGCCCCCUGCAUCCCAGGGAUGCAACCACAGCCACUGCUCUGUUCCUGUCUCCAUUGAUUGUGGGGUGCAGGGGGACAGUGGUGGCUGUCGCUGCAAAGAGCCAAGGCAGUGGCUGCCCAGGGACAGUGCCUAUUGUGCAAAGGCAGCAAGGCGUGGUGGUGCAGCAGAGCGAGCAGAUGUGCUGGGUGCAGGGCUUGGCAGAGCCAGCACUGGGGCAGGAGGUGCCCUGGCUUCCAGGCUGCAGGGAGCUGUGGGUUUGGGGGCUGCAUUGGGGCUGUUUUGGGGGCUGCGUUGGGUCUGGUUUGGGGGCUGUGCUGGAGAUGCAGCCUGUGCCCACCUGGCUCCCCACAGAGGGAUGCUUGCUGUGCUGUUUCCUGGAUCAGCCUCGCCAAGGCCAGCCUAAAAGUCACGAUGUGGAGCAGGGCUGUGUCCCGUAAGGUUUCCUGCUUGUGCCUCAGUUUUCCCUAGUGGCCCUCUGGGCUCACUGGGGGCAUCAACAGCAGUGGAGCCAUACACUGGAAUCCAGGACCCCAGCCCCCCAAUGUGAUGCUGCCUGACUCAGUUUCCCAAUUGCUUUACUGCACUGAGGAGGGAAAUGCUCAUCCCUCUGUGCUCGUGCAGGUGUUCCCUACUGCUGCUUCUGCUCAGCUGCUCUGGUGGGAAGCAGCAUUGCUUUGUCCCUCCAGCAAAUGCCAUCUCUGGCUCUUGCACACUCAUGGUCUCUGUGAUGGGAUGGGUGAAUGGGAUGGGCAGAGAGUGCCCCAUAACGUGGUUUUGCGCUGCCUUGAUGGGAAGAGGAAGAGCAGGUUUGCUUGUUGGGCUUUUCCCCAGAGCUGUUUAAAAUCAGACAGCUUUCUCAUACAGAAGCACUUGGAUCUUUUGGGGUCAUUUGAAUACAAGGGAUGGUUGGUGUGGCAGAUGUAUGGGCUCAGAGGUGGGGAGGUGGCAGCUCCUUCUGCCCCCACAUGCUGGGGGCCCUCAGCCCCAUCCAAGCUCUGUGCACUUUGAAGCCACAAUGCGCUGCAGCCACAUCCCAAACGCCAUCCAGUCUGGACUUGAAGAUGUGAAGAGAUGGCAAAGCCUCUCCUCCCCUGGGGAGUUUGUUCUAAUAGUUAAUCACCUCGCUAUUAGAAAAGUGAGUUUUCCUCCUCAUUUGCCUGUGUCUGGCUGCUGCUCCCAGCCCUCGGCGCUGCUCUGCUGGCGCAGGGGAGGGCAGAGCUGAGGGAACCAUUUCCAGCUCCUCCACCUGUGCUGUCGAACCGGCUCUCCCCCAUCUGCCAGGCAAACUUUUCUUUUUGAACAGCAAUAAUAAUAAUAAUAAAUCCCUGUCCUGAUACUGGCUCAAGGAGGGACCGGGUCUGGAUGGGGCCAGGACCUGUGGGUGAUGCAGGAGAGGCUUUGCUCUUCUCUGGCUGGAAGGACAGCAGGCUUGGAGCCCAACGUGUGAGCAGUUCCCAUGCCCCACUGCCUGCCAGCUGGAUGCCGUCCCCGCCGCACGCUGACGAUGCCCUGCGCACCCCGGUGACCACUCGGACGGGGACAGCACCCGUCUGCAGCCCGCCUGGCGGCCGUUCCCAUUUCUCCGAGCAGAGCCCAGCCCAGCGUUCAAAAUAGAGUCCCUCAAGGUGACGGUCGACUUCCUGAAGGUGCCCCUCGGCCUGAAGAAGCCCCCUCUGAAGGAGGCCGUGGCCAUCCCAGGGUCGGGCAAAGCCAAGCCCCCCGGCGUGGAGCGGCACAAGCCCCGGCGUGCCGACAGCAUGGACAAUGAGUCGCAGUACUCGGGCUACUCCUACAAAUCCGGGCACUCCCGCAGCUCCCGUAAGCACAGGGACCGACGGGACCGGCAUCGCUCCAAGAGCCGGGAUGGGAGCCGUGGGGACAAGUCGGUGACCAUCCAGGCACCUGGAGAGCCUCUGCUGGACAACGAAUCGACCCGGGGGGAUGAGAGGGAUGACAACUGGGGCGAGACCACCACGGUGGUGACGGGGACAUCGGAGCACAGCAUCUCACACGAUGACAUCACACGCAUCACCAAGGACAUGGAGGACAGCGCGCACCUGGACUGCUCACGGCACUUGGGCGUCGCGCUGGCCGGGGCGUUGGCUCUGCUCGCCUUCCUCACCCCUCUCGCCUUCAUGCUGCUGCCCCAGCUGCUGUGGCGGGAGGAGCUGGAGCCCUGCGGGACGCCCUGCGAGGGGCUUUUCAUCUCCGUGGCCUUCAAACUCCUCAUCCUCCUGCUGGGCAGCUGGGCGCUCUUCUUCCGCCGUCCCAAGGCUUUCUUCCCACGCGUCUUCGUCUUCCGCGCGCUGCUCAUGGUGCUCGUCUUCCUCCUGGUUGUCUCCUACUGGCUCUUCUAUGGCGUGCGCAUCCUGGACUCGCGGGACCGCAACUACCAGGGCAUCGUGCAGUACGCCGUCUCGCUGGUGGACGCUCUGCUCUUCGUGCACUACCUGGCCGUGGUGCUGCUCGAGCUGCGCCAGCUCCAGCCCCAGUUCACGCUCAAGGCCGUGCGCUCCACCGAUGGCGCCAGCCGCUUCUACAACGUCGGGCACCUCAGCAUCCAACGAGCGGCCAUCUGGAUCCUGGAGAACUAUUACCACGAUUUCCCAGUCUACAAUCCUGCCCUCCUCAACCUGCCAAAAUCCGUCCUGUCCAAGAAAAUGUCUGGGUUUAAAGUCUAUUCCCUCGGCGAGGAAAACACCACCAACAACUCCACGGGGCAGUCCAGGGCUGUCAUCGCCGCGGCCGCCCGCCGGCGCGACAACAGCCAUAAUGAGUACUACUAUGAGGAGGCAGAGCAUGAGCGCAGGGUGCGGAAACGCCGUGCCAGGCUGGUGGUGGCAGUGGAAGAGGCUUUCACCCACAUCAAGCGGCUGCAGGACGAGGACCAGAAGAACCCACGGGAGAUCAUGGACCCACGGGAAGCAGCCCAGGCCAUCUUUGCCUCCAUGGCACGGGCCAUGCAGAAGUACCUGCGCACCACCAAGCAGCAGCCCUACCACACCAUGGAGAGCAUCCUGCAGCACCUCGAGUUCUGCAUCACCCAUGACAUGACGCCCAAGGCAUUCCUGGAGAGGUACCUGAGCGCUGGGCCCACCAUCCAGUACCACAAGGACCGCUGGCUGGCCAAGCAGUGGACGCUGGUCAGCGAGGAGCCAGUGACCAACGGCCUGAAGGACGGGGUGGUCUUCGUGCUGAAGCGCCACGACUUCAGCCUGGUGAUCAGCACCAAGAAGAUCCCUUUCUUCAAGCUCUCGGAGGAGUUUGUGGACCCCAAGUCGCACAAGUUCGUCAUGAGGCUGCAGUCUGAGACCUCCGUCUGAGCACAGAGUGCUGCGGGGGCUCUGGGGUGGCCUGGGUCGUGCAGGUCCCUGAGCACCAAGCCCCAUCCCCGGCACGAGGCCGCUCGGUGCCCGUCCCCACGCUCCCACACCCAGCUCCUCGCAGCCAUCCCCAGGAGGCACUGCCAGCACAGCACAGUGUCACAGCCGGACGGGCAGCAUCUCAGUGCCAUCCCCUCAAGGGCUGACCUUCGGCUGAGUUCUCUGCACCAGCAGCCUCGCUCGUGGCCAGGUCUGAAGCAUCUCCUGCGUCUUCCUCUUCUGCUGCGACCCGCUGCGUCUCCGGUCUUAAAGCACCACCUGUGUCUGGACUGGUUGGUAAUAACGACACUUUGGGAGUGUUUUGCAAACCCCUGUGAUCUGAGGCUGCUAUGGAACCUUCCCUCCGCCCCACGGCCGGGGCAGACCCCACAGGCACUGUCCUGCUGCCAUGGGAGACCCUCAGCUCCCUGCUGCUUUGCAUGCAGAGCUCCUCACAGAAGCAGGAGGAGGUCUGAUGAUGAAGCUGAGAAACAUCCCAGCAAUGUGGGUGCCCCAACACACCCCUCACAUAGGGCCGUUGCCCCCAUUCCAACGUGUGCUGGCUGCCAGAACCACAGAAUCACUGAGAUUGGAAGAGAUCAUUGAGUCCACCCAUCUGUCAUCGCCACCAACGGGGCUGGUGAGGGGCUGUGGGAUUUGGGGUGCAGCACCCCGUGGCUUGCAGUGAGGCAGCCCAAAGCACACCCAGGCCCUGGUGCUGGCUCCAAAGGGCUUCUUCAUGGAGACCAUGCUCUGUGGGCUCCUCAGCUCCUGUCCCAUGGAGGUAGUGAUGCAGUGACCCCCCCCAGGGGUGCAGAGCAGGGGGACCCCAACACUCAGGGCUGCAGCACAGCUUCUGCCUUCCCUCGGCUCUGUGAGGGCUGCCAAUACCUCGUGGGGGUUCCUGUAUUUAUCCAUUUUUUUUAUGCUGGGGGUCACCCCGAGCUGGGUUUGGGCUUCUUUGGCCCUGAGAGCUGCCAAACCUUAUCACUGUGACACACACAUCCCCCCCCCACCCGAGGGGCUGUGGGGGCUUCCCAGUAAGCACCAGUAGCAGAAAACAGAUCCAAGUGGAUCUCAAGGGCUUUCCCAGCACAAAACGGGUGGGAUGUUGUGUGUGUGGGGGGGGGGGGGACACCGUCCCAAAUUCCCAGGGAUUUUUCUGGAAAUCUCUUCUAUUUUCCAGACUUUCCGUGGCUUUGUGACCCCGCUCAGCCCUGUGCAGCUUCCAGUCCCGUUUACACACGCAGCCCUUUGGGGCUGGUGCCGCCAGGAGCCCAAUUUGGGGUUGUUUUACUGCAAGAAAAAGACUUCAGUGAGCAAGAGCAGAUCUGUAGGCCUUGGGAAGGUUUGGGGAGGUGGGGGGUGGGGGGGGGGGGGUAGAGGGGGGAAGGUGUUUCCACUUGGAAUUGAAAGAGGAAUAAACUUUUUUGUUGUCGUUCUUAAAGCCCCGCAGAGCUGAGACCUCGUGCAUGUGUGUAGAGGGAGGGGGGAAAAAACAAAGAAACCAGGAAUGUAAAAUUGUUUUUUUUUUUUUUAAUAUAUAUAUAUAAAAGGAGGGAAAAAAAAAAAAAAAAAGGUUGUUUUUACAGUUUGCAGUGUUAGGAAGUCAGAUGGUUUUUGUUGGUUUUUUUUAUUAUUAUUAUUAUUAUUGUUGUUUUUAUUUUGUUUUUUAAAUAGAAGAACUAAAAUGA